CACUUUUCACAAUUUCGCAGUCGCGUCAACGUACUUUUCCCCUCCCCCCAGACCCGACUCGAUUCAUUGCCGUUGCACUAACAACCAUUGGGAACUCCAUGUGCCCAACCCACCAGCAAUAGUUUCGUCGCCAGCGUUCACCAAAUUUCUCUCUCGCAAAUUCACGGCACCGUGUUACCGAAAUUAGACUUGAAGCCUGAGCGAAAUUCCACGUCGCUGAGGUCAAGCGACCGUCGUCACCGCCAUGAACCGGGGGGAUCGAAAGCUGCUUCUGGAUAUGGAGAUGCCGCAGCAAGGUGGCGGAGUCGUCGUCAUGAUGCUGGCAAGUGGAAGUCGGGAGAGAAAUCGGGGUUGAUCCACGAUAGGUGCCAUGUUUCGUCGUGAGCAUGCUAGGAUGUAGUCUUGAUAUAGAUGAAUUGUUCAUGGGCCAGUCGGAGUAGGGUGUUUGGACUUUGAAGGACCCGGUGACCACGUCCCAGGUACGCCCCGCGGCCAUUCAUGACACACAAUCUUGGGGAGGGAGGCGUGGCGUUGGAGAUGUUAGGGGUGAUCGGAGCUUAGUCUGCAGGGGUUGAUUUCUGCGCUUAUCUUUGCGUAAAGGAGGUGUGACUUUUGGACCUUGGUUGGCGAUGUGGUGGAGGUUGUGUCAGAGUGGUGGUGCCGUUGCGAGAUUGAUCGGUGGUGGCGUUAUUAUUUGGGUGAAAGGAGGCCGUUUGCGAGAGGUUUAAAGUUGGGCUACUAAUUGUUUUUAAAGCCCUUUCGAGAGAAUUGCGUUCGCUAGAGUCAGUACAAGCUUGUUACACUAGAUUCAAGUCCACAAAAGCAGCCCCCACUUGAACAAAACACAAGUAGCAGCGACGUGAAGUUCUCGUUAUCAACUAUAUUCGAGCACUGUAGAGACUUUUCACCAUGCAUAAAGUGUCUCCUCCACCUGAUGGCUCAUACUCUUCGUAUGUUGCUACCCCGGCGAAGAGGCACAAGAGAUGUUGGCCUAUCUUCACCCUCGGGGCUGUGGUGGCAAACAUCAUUGUUCUUGUUGUUGUUAUGUAUGAAAACAAUUGUCCUGCAAAUAUUGGCUAUGGCCGGAAGUGUGUGCUGGGCUCUUCAUUCAAGAGGAUGUCGUUCCAGCCAUGGAGCGAGAAUCCUCUACUGGGACCCUCAUCCGCGACGCUUCAGAAAAUGGGCGGCCUGAGGACGGAUCUGGUAGUAGACCAGAAACAAGGGUGGCGGUUGAUGUCGUGUGUGUGGCUUCAUGCCGGAGUCUUCCACCUUCUUGUUAACAUGAUUGCCCUCUUGGUCUUCGGCAUAGAGCUCGAGAGGGACUUCGGGUUCAUCAGGAUUGGUCUACUCUACCUCAUUUCUGGCCUUGGUGGCAGUCUUCUCUCUUCCCUGUUCAACCACAACGCCAUCUCCGUCGGUGCAUCUGGUGCCCUCUUCGGCCUCUUGGGGGCAACGACCUCUGAACUUAUCACCAAUUGGUCUCGCUACAGGAGUCGAUGCUCUCAACUCUUCCAGCUCAUCAUCGUAACAGGCGUUAAUCUCGCCAUCGGUCUCCUCCCUCGUGUCGACAAUUUCGCACACAUUGGAGGCUUUGUCACCGGAUUCCUGUUGGGCUUUAUCCUUCUGAUGAAGGAACAGUAUCGCUACGUACAGCGUAGCACCCUUCUUGACCCUCGAAUGGAUCCACAACAUGUUAAGCGAUUUAAGACUUACCAAUUUAUCCUCCUCUUAGUCUCCCUCCUCCUUCUGAUCGCUGGAUUCGCUGGUGGAUUCGUUGCUCUUUACAGCGGCGUCGACGCAUACAAUAGAUGUAGCUGGUGUCAUUAUCUCAAUUGUGUCCCAUCCUCUCACUGGACUUGCGACAGUCAGUCAGGUUAAGUGUGCUUUCAAGUUGUAUUCGCCCUUCCAGCUCCUUUGUUACCUUUUGCAAUCACCAACGGGUGGGUGGUAACCAGCGUCGAUGGUGUAAGUGCUAAUUUGCAAAUAGUAUGGAAUAAUCACGCUCAAGAGGGAACGGUACAAAGGAGUUGCGAUUGGUCUUUCGGACGGCAAGCGACUUGCUUUAGGUGAAGGGCAAACGUGUCCAUCCACAGAGUUUAAUGCACUUGAAUUGUGGAGAAAAUAACGAAAGGGUUAAUUGUAUUCUACAUACACAAUCAAGUUGGCAAUGUCGAAAAUGCCCACUAUUUGUGAUGCCUCUUACCGGCAUGGGAUUCAACCUGGUGUGCGGAUAUGGCUCAUGUAUUUGGUGAAUUGCCCGUGAUUAUCCUAUCGAGGCAAACUGAACCCAAUGGAUUCAACGUGAAGUAUUCAAGUGAAUUGUCCAACAUUGUGAUUUCUCAUGACAUGAGUUUGGCCACAUCUAGACUAGUAGAUUUGAAGUAGUAAUUUUUAAUUUUUGGUGUACAGAUCUGGAUAAUAGUUAUUAAAAAAAAAAUCGUCCAAGUUGCCAUUCUCAA